AUGGACUCUUCAGUCUUCUCUGACCAAGCCGAGGAGCUGGACGCCAUCAGCUCAUCCUUCCAUGAUAUCUUCGACCGGCUCCUUCAGACGACUCAAAAUGUCCGCAAAGGCCCCGUCAUAAAAUUAGCUGGCCCAGAGGACAUUCCUCGUCUGAGAGAAAUCAGCACUCCUGGGACUUCUCAUCCGGUGCAAGACGCAAUCGAAGACGUGUUCACCAUAUCUGACUUUCGAUUUCGGAUGAAUCACCCUCGGACGUUUGCCUUUAUUCCAGCUCCUGUCUCCCCACUUUCGUGGAUAGGAGACUGUCUUACCAGCGCUUUCAAUUCUUUCGCUGGAUCGGCUCUGCAGGGUCCAGGUGUGGCUAUCGUCGAACAGACGCUACUUCAGUGGCUCGCCUCCAAGGUUGGACUUCCAAACACCGCCGGGGGUGUGUUUGUGUCAGGUGGAUCUAUGGCCAACAUGAGCGGCAUGGUGCUGGCGAGAGAGUGCAUCUUGGAGGAAGGCACAGAAAGCUCAGGCAUCGCGUAUGUCUCCGACCAAACACACCACUCAGUGAUCAAGGCCCUUCGUAUUAUUGGCAUCAAGAAAAGCCAGAUACGCAUCAUACCAACAAACUCUUUUCAGAUGGAUGUGACUGCGCUCAAAAACACCAUUGAAGCCGAUCGUGCUGCAAAUCUCAAACCGUUCGUCAUCGUGGGUACAUGUGGAACGACAAAUACCGGUAGCAUCGACCCAUUGGAAGCUUUGGCUCAAGUCAGAGAUGAGGAAAAGAUAUGGCUUCACAUCGAUGGGGCAUUUGGUGCCUCUGCUGUACUUGGUAAUACGAGAAGUGGAGUUACUAAGGGACUUGAGCUUGCAGACAGUAUCUCUUGGGACGCGCACAAGUGGCUUUUCCAAACAUAUAGCUGCAGCUUAAUUCUGGUGAGAAACAAGAUGGAUCUUGCGAGGGUUUAUGCCAACGAUGGCGACUAUCUACGCGACGCUCUGGAGCACGAAGAGAUUCCCGACUUUUGGAACCUUGGUAUGGAGCUCACCCGCCCUUGUCGUGCUCUGAAGCUUUGGUUCACGCUGCGAGUUCUCGGUGUGGAACGGGUUGGGAAGAUGGUUGACCACGGUUUCGAUCUCGCCGAGAUUGCUGAAGCUGAGCUCAGAAAGUUACCGGACUGGGAGAUAACCAGUCCGGCGAGCAUGGCAAUUGUCACAUUUCGAUAUGCUCCUGUGGGCAAGACCGAUGAAGAGUUGGAUGCUUUGAACGCGGCCAUCUCGAAGCAUAUACUGGAUAACAAUGUUGCAGGGCUUCUGACUACGAAAGUGCGAGGUAGAGUUGUUCUGAGGAUCUGCUCGAUCAGUCCCAUUUUGACAAAGGAGGAGCUUGUGGAUAUUGUUGCACAGGUUGGCGAAGUUGCAAAGCUCGUACAGGCCAAGGCUACAGUAGGAUGA